UCAGUUUUCCGGGGCCGCACAUGUCGUUGGUUGAUUCUGCGCCUGUCUUUAAGGCUAGGUGCCUCAGCAUUGGGCUUGCCGAAACGGUCAUUGAUUCCCUUCAUGACAAGGGAUGGGACACGCAUGCCUUUGCUGGGGAGUGCCGAUCAUGCAGAUGGCGCCAAGCUCAGGAGGCUACAUUUCGAGUCGUAUACUCUAGCUGCUGCUGAGAUGAAACGCAAGGUGGAAUCGGCAGAGGGACAGCCUCCAGCGAAGCUGCCUCCCGCAGAAGUGGCUGAAAGAAUCGCGGUUUUGCAGGCUAAGCUUGACCCUUUGCUCAUCGAAAACACCAUGGAGCCAAGCCACGCCCUCAUCAAUUAUGUUUCCCAGGCCGUCGAAGAUGGCAGGUGGAGAUAUAUUGAAUGGGAUCGCUGCACUACGAGAGCACAAGAGGUCAAUGGCAUCAGCGAGGACACAGGGUUGAAGGUUUGGCGCCCUGACAAGCAUUCUGGUGUGAUUAAGGAAUUUCACCACGAGCCAAAGCUGACGGCCCCCUUGACCACCGAUUUGGAGAUUUCUAAUGCCCUGAAGCGCAGAGGCGUGGCGUAUGAAGUUGCGCAGGCAAUGAGCUUCAAAUCGCAUGAGAAGCUGGUCAACUUGCUUUUCAAUGAAUAUUUGAAGCCUGCGCCCGACGGUUUUGAGAAAAUUUCGAUUUCCCAGCUUGUGGCUGCAGACCGUGAGGUGCAUGUUAGACUGGCUGAGGCCACCAAGGCUGGACUUGCGAAGACGCAUGAAAGGUCCGGCUGUGCAGCUUGACUUGACAGUUCCUUCAGUUCAGGAUUUGAUCCUUGAUUUGGUGCAUUCAAAGAGCGUCGUUGCCAUUUUCAUGGGGCCUCCUUGUGGAACAAGUUCGAGGGCCCGCAACAUUCCCAUACGCGCUCAUUUGAGAUCGCGUGGUGUACCACAGCCACGGCCUCUUCGCUCCGACAGCUACCCUUGUGGCUUCCCCAGCCUCAAGGGUGUGGCUCUAAGCAAGGUGACGCAGGCAAACCAGUUGUAUGCUUUUUCUGCAGCACUUUGCGAAGUCGCUCAAGACUAUGGUUGUUUGGUUGCGGUUGAGAACCCAGCCCGAAGCCUCAUGUGGCUUACACCCUGGUUUGUGCAUGUUUCCGAGCUCCUCAGUUUCAACAUGUUCCAGUGCCACUCGUGCAUGUACGGGGGCUCUCGACGGAAAGCCACAGGUUUCCUGGCCAAUUUUGACAUGUCUGAACUGUGUCUGCAGUGUGAUGGGUCGCACGUGCACGAGCCCUGGAAUGCCACCAUGCAGCAGGGACACUGGAAGUUUGCAACAUCUGGUGAAGCUGAGUAUCCUGCCGGACUAGCCAGGUGCAUAGCCCAAUGCUUCCGGCAAGAACUUGCCAAGCGCGGGGUGAACCCUGAGCCAACCCAUGCAUCUCAGGCUGCUUUGGCAUCACAGAGGCAGCAUCGCAAGAUAUCUCGCACCGUGGUGCCCGAAUUUGCUCAGACUUUCCAAAUCCAGGUGCCCGAUGGUCAGACACCACCUAUGCGCCUUGAUGACAAUGCGCCCAUUUGGUUGGCCUCAGUGCCCAAGAAAUCCAAAUUGAUUCGCAUCUUUUCCAAACAUGUGGAUGGGGGUGUGAAUGGUACAGAUGCUGGACGGCGAGAGGCGCGCAAGAUGGCGGAGUAUGGCAGUUUUUUCGAGCCAAGGGACUUCACCAGAUAUGCUUUGGAGCAGCCACACCCAACUGACGAGUUGGGCGCUUUUUGUGAGGACAAUUGGAAAGCAAUCUGCUGGAUAUCUUCGAACAGCGCUCUGAUGGUUGCAAAGUUCAGGCUUGAACAGAUUAUCAAAUACAAGAAGGUUGCCAGAGAUUUGAGGAACGAGGAGAUCGCUCUUCACCAGGGUCUGCACCCUGAUUUGCAGACUGUUCUUGCAAAGAAGCAACUUUUGCUCUUCAAGAGACUGUGCGAAGAUGCAGAGAUAGAUGAUGAGUUCCUUUUCCGUGAUUUGUGCGAAGGCUUCAAGUUGGUCGGGCAGCUGGAGCCCUCUGGGCAGUUUCGGAGCAAAUUGAGAUUGGCAAGCAUGAGCGCUGAGGAGCUUCAGAAAACUGCCCCAUUUGCUCAAGCUUGCAUUGAACAAGAGUGUCGCAAAGUCUUGCUUGACCCCGAGGUUGCUGCUGCAGUAUGGAAGGAGUCUGUCGAGCAAGCGACAGAUGGCUCUGGAUGGCUCAAGGGUCCCUUCACGAAGGAGGAAGUUACACUCAGGCAUGGUCCACUCUGGAUCCCUUCCCGCAGGUUCGGGGUUCGCCAGUCUGGAAAGAUCAGGUCUGUGGAUGAUUUCUCCCAGUUUGGGAUAAAUGCUUCUACAAGUACCUUUGAGCAGAUUGUUUUGGAAGGGAUUGAUGACGUGGGAGCGACGGCUAGGAUGUUUGUAGCUGCUCUUGAUGGCAGUCGCUUGGAACACUGCCGGAGCGGCAUCCUGGGACGAGCCCUGGACUUGAAGGCAGCUUACAAACAGCUGGCACGUCACCCGGACCAUGCAUGGUGCUCAAUCAUUGCAGCUGCAAAUCCCGACGAUGGCGAAGUGUGUUUCUUCGAGGCCGUAGCACUUCCCUUUGGAGCCGUGAGUUCAGUACUGGGUUUCAAUCGAGUGGCCAGGUGUCUUAGCCAGAUACUGGUCAGACUGUUUCGGAUCGUGAACACCAAUUUCUUUGACGACUACUGCCAGUUGGAGGUCUCCCAACUGGCCGCAUCUGCGCAUGAGACAGCCGAGACUGUCUUGCAAAUGUUGGGUUGGAACAUCUCCAUGGGGGAGGACAAGAGGAAACCUUUUCGCAGUGAGUUCGACAUGCUGGGUGCAACUGUAGUUUUGGACGCAACUGGACAAGGGUUGAUUGUUCUGAGAAACAAGCCAGGAAGGAUUGAAGAGAUCCGACGCUGUGUUUCAGAGCUGGUCGACAGAAGGCGUGUGCUGGCCAAGGAGUUAGACUCGCUAAGAGGUAGGCUCCUCUUUGCCAGCGGUUUCACCAUGGGCCGGACUUCACAGCUGGCAGUGCAACAGAUCAGCGCAAGAGUCAAGGGCAGGGCCCAAAUGGAACUGGAUGAGGACCUUGUGGAAACAUUGAAACUUGCGGUGGACACGCUGGCCAAUGCUCGCGACCGUCAAAUCUGGGCAAGUGACUACAGACCACCAGUGGUAAUUUUCACUGAUGGAGCUUGCGAAGACGAAGCAGCUACUGUCACUUUCGGAGCAGUCUGUUUUGACCCUUUGGAUUGCAAUGUCGAAUUUUUCGGUGACCGCAUUGACCAUGAACUGGUCAGCAGUUGGACUGUACAAGGCAAAAGGCAAGUCAUAUGUCAAGCAGAGAUGUGGCCUGUCAUUGUGGCCAAGUGCACGUGGUCUGCGAAGCUGAAGGAGCGCAAGCUGCUGUGGUUCAUUGACAAUGAGAGUGCAAGGUAUGCGUUUGUCCGCGCUUUCUCCCCGGUAGUCGACAACGGCAGGCUGCUGAGAGCAAAUGCACAGGUUGACUCUGAGAUCUGUGCAACCUCGUGGUAUGCCAGGGUCCCUUCUGCCUCAAACCCUGCUGACGAUGCGUCUCGUUUGAACUUCGAAGGAUAUCCAUCGCAUUUCAUCAGAGUCAGGCCAAUAGUGACUGAGGCCUGCAAGAGAUUGGCACUUGGCUUGGGCUUGUAGAAUGGGGUGUCUGAAAGGCUUGAUCGUCCCGAAGGGGAAGAGAUCAAGAAGAGCCUUGACGGGACACCAGAAAGCUGGUGCAUCCCUCCGCCGUGCGCGGCGCGUCUCGAAGGAGACCUGACUUCCCCAUUUCUGGCUGUG